AUGGCGUCCCAGGAGCAGGUCCUCUUCCCCGCCACAGCGGUUUCGGACCCUUUAACCGUCCCCGAAGACUCGACUGCCGCCCGCCUCUUGAACCGCACCCUCAAGCUCUACCCAUUGGUUCUGUUACUGGCCUUCUUCGCCUCGAACGUCAUUUAUAGCAUACUCACGGCAAAGGAGGAGGAGGAGCUUGCUGUUGAUACCGAUGCCAGAGGCCCAGGUGGCAAGCCGUUGCCCAUCACAAAAAAGAAGCGGAAGGGCAACAAUGACAGUGACAGGAACCACUGGGGCCCGUGUCUGUCACCAGCCUCUCGGCUCGUCCUCAGGUCCAUCUCGUGCGUUCUUCUCCUAGCCUUCUGCGCCAAUGGCGUGGCGCACUUUGCCCACGUCAUUGAGGUGUGGCCAGCCCAGAAGAGAGGCGAAGACGUCUGGCGAGAGAGUGACGCGAUGAGUGUCUUCCUUAUCGGCGGCACGAACCUCUACCUAUACUUUCUGCUCUCCCUCUUCGAGGAUAACGACAGCCCUUCGGUGGUGCAUUUUGCGACCUGGACACUUGCCCUGAUUGUAGAAACCAUCAUCUGCCUCUGCUCUUUCCUCGUUGCGGAGGAGUGCACUGGCGACAACACGAGCACCUAUAACCCGAUGGAAGUUGCAGCGGAGGUUCUCAGCAAGUGGCAAGUCGUGGAUAUCGCCGUGUCUGCGGUGCGACUCGUGAUGCUGUUCGCCGUCGUGGCUAUGUAUGGAAUCCUUUGGAUCCAACAAGCCCUGGCCGAGCGGGAGAAGAGAGAGGCCGAUAAUGUUGAAGAAGCCACGCCACUUCUCCAUGAUUCUCGCACGUCAUACCACAUUCACAUUGGAAACGCAAACUCUAGCGGAAAUGCCAACGGUCUCCCCACGGGACACGCCAUUGGAAACGCUAAUGGAGGUGCCAUCGGUAGCGCCAACGGCCACGAAUCCCACACGCGCGAGGCUAAUGGCCGCAGUGUACGAGGAAGGACCACCCGCAAUCGGUCGGCUACACUUAAUGGCAACGGAGCGGCACCCGGUGCGACAGGUUCCUUCAGGGAUGAACAAGCGGCCUUCUACCGACCCGAGAAGAUUCCUCACAUGACUUGGUGGGAGUACCUGAGAGGGUACAAGGUUUUCUUCCCCUAUCUUUGGCCCAUGGAUUCGCUGCGUCUGCAGAUCCUCUUCGGGUUUUGUGUCGUCCUCCUGGUUGCCCAGCGCAUUGUCAACAUUGCCGUGCCUCUGCAGGUAGGCCGGCUCACCGACAGCCUGUCUUCCGGUGGCAGCCCGCCAUGGCUUCCGCUGGCCUUGUUCAUCAUCUACAAACUCCUUCAGGGCCCGUCGAUGCUACUGGGCGCUCUUCGCUUGAUUUUGUGGGUGCCCAUUUCCCAGUACUCCUACCGGGCCUUGACGACCUCGGCCUUUGAACACGUCCACUCGCUGAGCUUGGACUUCCACCUCGGAAAGCGAACGGGCGAGGUUCUGUCGGCACUUAACAAGGGCGCGUCUAUCAACCAGUUCCUCGAGCAGAUCACUUUCCAGGUGGGGCCAAUGCUCCUGGACUUGGGCCUGGCAGUCGUAUUCUUUUACAGAAUCUUCGAUGCGACCUAUGCAGUGAUCGUUUGCUGCAUCGCUUUCUGGUAUCUCUAUCUCACCGUCCGGAUGGCGCGGACCCGAGCCGACCAGCGCCGAGCUAUGACCAAUGCGGACAGGGAAGAAGAGGCAGUGAAGAACGACUCGAUCACUAGCUAUGAGACAGUCAAGUAUUUCAACGCCGAAGCUUGGGAAUUCAAAAGAUACCGUGACGCCAUCAGCGUCUUCCAGACCGCAGAAGCCCAGGUUACCUGGGGCAUCAACAAAAUGAACGUCAUCCAGGCCCUUGUCUUCAUGUCCGGCAUGGCUGUCGUCCUCGUUCUCGGGGCAUACCAGGUGACGAGCAAGCAACGCACCGUCGGCGACUUCGUUACUCUGAUCGCCUAUCUCGAGCAGCUGCAGAGCCCCCUGAACUUCUUCAGCACUUUCUACCGCAACAUUCAGCAAGCUAUGAUCUCAGGCGAGAGGCUACUGGAGCUGUUCAAGAUUAAGCCUACCGUCGUGGAUGCUCCUGGUGCGAAGCCGCUGAAAGAGUGCAACGGGCACAUUCGAUGGAACAAUGUCGCCUUCCACUACAGCGACCGUGCUCCUGCUCUCGAGAACCUCGACUUUGAGUGCGCUCCAGGCACCACGACGGCGUUCGUGGGCGAGUCCGGGGGAGGCAAGUCGACCAUUUUCCGGCUAAUGUUCCGCUAUUACAAUAGCACGAAGGGGAGCAUCGAAAUCGAUGGCAACGAUGUCAAGGAUCUGACCAUCGACUCCGUGCGGCGGUUCAUCGGAGUAGUGCCCCAGGACACCACCCUGUUCAACGAGACGUUGAUGUACAACCUGAGAUACGCAAACCCUGCAGCCACCGACGAGGAAGUCCACGAGGCGUGCCGGACCGCAAGCAUUCACGAUCGGAUCAUGUCCUUCCCUGAUGGGUACAAUACCAAAGUCGGCGACCGUGGGCUUCGACUGAGCGGAGGAGAGCGGCAACGCGUGGCCAUCGCACGGACCAUUCUGAAGAACCCCAGAAUUAUUAUGUUGGACGAGGCCACCUCUGCUCUCGAUGCACACACGGAGAAGGAGAUCCAAGGCAAGCUUGGUAAGAUUGGCGAAGGCCGUACGCUUCUGCUGAUUGCGCACCGGCUUUCCACCAUUACGCAAGCGGAUCAGAUCAUCGUCCUUAGUCAAGGAAAGAUUGUCGAGAAAGGCACGCACAACGAGCUUGUCCAAGCUAAUGGCAAAUAUGCCUCCAUGUGGGCCAAACAGGUGGAAGCAGAAAGAGCGGUCAAGGUGGCUCGGAUUGCGAGCAAGAAGGCCCACAAACUCAUGCGGAAGGCAAACAUCCCAGGCCGUCGCGAUGCCGAUAGCCAGUCCGACGUAGACGGAUAUAACAGCCUUGCAUCUUCCACCUUCCUCGCCGAAGGAGGUGAUGGGGCUUCAACUUCUGCUUCGAAAUGCGGAACGGUGAGCGAGGACACCUCCAGCUCUUCCCGCGCUUCUUCCGACACCGACUCUACCAAUUCAGAUCAUCAUGGUCACUAG